AUGGGAAAACUACACGGAACAUUAGCAAAAGCUGGUAAAGUGAGAAAAUAGACUCCAAAAAUUGAAAAAUAAGUCAGAAGACACAAGAUUCCAAAAGGUAGAGCCUACAAAAGAAUUUGCUUUAAUAGAAGAUUUGGUUCAGCAGCAUCCACAUAAGGACCAUAACAAAAGAGAAAGGGUCCAAAUUGGCAUGCUGGAAGAAAGGAUCUAAUUGAAGAGGAAAGAAAGAAGUAAGUUGAACAAAGAAGACAACGAAAGAAAUAGGAUGCAAAAUGAUGAUUUUAACAUCCUCAACAUAUAAAAAUAUUCAGA